GACCAACAAACCACACGAAAAAUCGCUCCUACGAUUACCCAAGUGCGGAGUAGACACGCUCGAAAGAGUUGCUUCUCUUCAGCCACAAAGCAAAGGGACUGCUCGUGGUCCAGUCCUUUUAAGCAAGGACUUCUAUUUAAUGAGAGAGAUUCCCACGACCAUGGCGCUCGACCAGCAUCGAUUUCUGCCAGCUACAGUAGCCAUAUCUAGCAACUUUAGCUGACUGAAGACAAAUAUCUUUUGUUCACAUCUGCCUCGACCGUGUUCUUUAACGUCUGCUAAUCAGCAAAACGAUUCGAAAUGUCUCGGCGCUACUCCCUCCGUCCUGGCGAGGACGGCCUCGAAGUCCAUGUGGACGACGAGCAGUUCCGCAAGAUGUCCGUUAUCAACCCGAACAUAGUUGCAAUUGCCGAAGAUGCUGCAAGAGCCGCAGAGGCUGAGCAGACCCAGGGUCUUAUUGCAGGUUUGAAGCUCUACCGCAAAGCUUCUGCAUGGUCAAUUUUGCUGUCGACUGCGAUUGUCAUGGAGGGAUUUGACAUUGUGCUGAUUGCCAACUUGAUUGCGGUUCCUGCUUUCCAGCGCAGGUUUGGUCAUCAGCUUCCAGAUGGCACCUAUCAAGUCACUGCUGCGUGGCAAUCUGGUCUCACCAAUGGCGCUCUUGUUGGCGAAAUCCUUGGACUGAUGAUAAACGGUCUUAUUGCUGACAGAUUCGGCUAUAAAAAGACGAUGAUUGGCGCUCUGACUCUAGUUACUGGCCUUAUAUUUAUUGUUUUCUUUGUCCAGAGCAUUGAAAUGCUCCUUGUUGGUCUCAUCUUGAUGGGUAUCCCAUGGGGUGUGUUCCAGACACUUACGACAACAUAUGCCUCAGAAGUCACACCAGUGGCACUUCGUCCUUAUCUAACUACUUAUGUCAACUUGUGUUGGGUCUUUGGCCAGUUCUUGGCCUCGGGUGUGUUGAAGGGUGUUUCUCUCCGCGAGGAUCAAUGGGCUUAUCGGAUUCCAUACGCCCUCCAAUGGAUGUGGCCAGUCCCCCUCAUUAUUGGCAUAUCACUUGCCCCCGAAUCACCCUGGUGGCUUGUUCGCAAAGGCCGACUGGAGGAGGCCAAGAAAAUGCUCUUAAGGCUGACGUCUCGGAACCAACCGAAUUUCAACGUUGAUGAGACUAUUGCAAUGAUGGUUCAUACCAACGAAAUGGAAAAAGCGAUCACCGAAGGAACAACCUACUGGGAUUGCUUUAAGAAAACUGAUCUUCGCCGAACUGAGAUUGCGGCGAAUACCUGGAUGGUUCAAGUGUGGUGCGGCGCCUCAUUCAUGGGUUUCAGCACAUAUUUUUAUGAGCAAGCCGGUUUAAACACCUCGAAUGCUUUUACCAUGAGUAUGGUACAAUACGCACUUGGGGCCUUAGGUGUGUUUGCUGCAUGGUUCCUGAUCCCCAAGUUCGGUCGCCGCACUCUAUACUUGGGUGGUUUGGUUAUCAUGUUCAGUCUCCUCUUGAUCAUCGGGUUCUGCGGAAUCGCUUCCAAAGACAACGCUCCAGCACAGUGGGCUAUUGGAUCCAUGCUUUUGAUUUUCACCUUCAUCUAUGAUACCACCGUGGGACCCAUCUGCUAUUCUCUUGUUGCUGAAAUUCCAUCCACACGUCUUCGGCAGAAGACAGUCGUUCUUGCUCGCAAUUGGUACAACAUCGGUGGUAUUGUCAGCAAUGUGUUGACCCCGCGUAUGCUGAAUCCCUCUGCUUGGAACUGGGGCGCAAAAUCCGGCUUUUUCUUUGCUGGAACUUGUUUCCUUUGCCUCGUUUGGGCGUUCUUCCGCCUUCCAGAACCGAAAGGACGCACUUAUGGUGAGCUGGACGUGCUAUUCGAGCAGCACAUUCCGGCCAGGAAGUUCAAGACCACCGUUGUCGAUCCAUACAUGACUGGUGAGGCUCGACGUGCAUCAAUUGCUGCCCAGGAAACCAAAGGCGGUGAAAAGGAUUUGUCUGUCCACAAGUUCGAGAAGACCCAAACAAACUCGUCUUAGACGAUCGUCUUAAACGAGUCAAAUCACUUAAUUCGGGGACGCAUAACGACGAUGCAUGGUUUCUACGGAGCGCUAAGUUCGUUUUGUAUAUAGUUUUUGGAUUUACACCAUAAGCAUUCGACUUAAUGUUGGAAUUUUACGUGC